ACACUGCCAAAGGUCGCCCAACUGAAAUCUGCUGCGGUAGCUGGAUUCCCUUUGAAAUAAUCUGCAGUGGAACUCUUGAGGUUACGUUUAUUCCAUCGAAAACUUUGAACACAUCAGAAUCACGCAACCUUUUCUUGUCGGUGAUAAUGUAGCCAGACUCAGUCCAUGGGUUAAAAUUAAUUAUUGUCUUGUGCACCAGUUCGACUUCAAUGCAAUGACCCCACUGCAAAUGGGUCCAUUGUAAUCAUUUGAGAAGAAGGAACAUAGCCGCUCGGAUUUCAACACUGUCAAAGGUCGCCUAAUUGAAAUCUGCUGCGCUAUAGUGGUAAGUUUUCAAAUCUACUGCUGCAAACUUCUUAAAAUUACGUUUAUGACAUCGAAACGCUUGAUGUUUGAACUACUGCUAAGAUGUACUUGUCACAACGGAAACUUUGGAAAUUUUUCGCAGUCGCAUGCGGCCUUUUAUCGCUGAUGACCCUCUUCUUAUUAAGGCUGUUAUCGAGGUCCUGUAAACAUGAAGAAAACAAGGACUUCCCCACUGCAUCGAUGAUAAAUAAUGGUCACCCUCCAUUACAUCACGUGGACCGUUCUACUCCUCUUAUUUUUGUCGGCGGCUUUCCGCGAAGCGGAACCACUCUCAUGAGAGCUAUGCUAGAUGCACAUCCCGACAUCAGAUGCGGGCAGGAGACAAGGGUGAUUCCGAAAAUCCUCAUGGGUAUUUCAAGGAUAUUCAGCUUUGUCAGUGAGAAAGAAAAACAGAGAAGAGAGGAAGCUGGCGUUAACCAAGAUCUCUUGGACUCCGCUGUAGCGGUGCUGAUAGGAGAAAUCAUUGCUAAACAUGGAGAUCCCGCGCCACGAUUGUGCAACAAAGAUCCUUUAACUUUCAGGAAUCUUAGCUAUCUAGCCAGAAUAUUUCCCAAAUCCAAAUUUGUUUUCAUGGUAAGAGACGGACGCGCUGUUGUCCACUCCAUAAUGGAGAGAGGAGUUGUUAUUCGUGGCGUCAACAAUCGCCGUCCAGAAAUCCUUUUGAGAACAUGGAAUGAUGCCACAGGUGAGAUGAACGCUCAAUGUGUAGCGUUGGGUCAGUCAAGAUGUUUGAGAAUCCCCUAUGAGCAUUUGGUGCUGUUCCCUGCUGAGAGCAUGGAAAUCAUCCUGGAAUUUUUGGAUGUUUCUUGGAAUGACGCAGUGGUCCAUCAUGAAACUAUGAUAGGGAAACCAGGAGGUGUCAUCCUUUCCAGCCUUGAAAAGUCAACAGAUCAAGUGAAAGAAGCUGUCAACUUGAGAGCACUGUACAAAUGGUCUGAAAGAUUAUCAUCAUCUUUAAUGGAACAUACCAACAGAAUUGCUCCUGUCAUGAGAACUCUUGGCUAUGAUACUCGGAUAAAGUGGCCUGAUUACCGAAAGAUGGAUUCAGUCGUUACAAAACACAAUAAUUAA